AUGUCUUUUUUUUUUUAUAUUUUUAGUUUUGUUUUGUUUCAUUUUCUGUUCUCCAAUCCAUUUUCUCUGACCUUUACAGGACGUCUCCCCGUUUUACCGGAUUUCCUUGAUCUGAAAUCCAUUCUCUCUCUCUCUCUCUCUCUCUCUCUCUCUCUCAUACAUACACACUUUCCCUUCUCUUUCUCUUUCUCUCUCUAUCUCUCUCACACACACUCUCUCUAUUUCUCUCUCCCACAUACACCCUCUCUCUUUCUGCAUCUCUCUUUCUCUUUCUUUCUCUCUCUCUCUCUUUCAUUCGUACCUCUUUUCUUUCGUACCUCUUUCAUUCUCUCUCACACUCUAUUUCUCUCUCUCUCUCUCUCUCUCUCUCUCACAUGCACUCUCUCUAUCUCUUUCUAUUUUUGUCUUUCUCUCUUUCACACAUACACACAGUCUUUCUUUUUCUCUCUCUUUCUAUGUUUCUUUCUCGCUCUCUUUUUCUCUCUGUCUCUUUCACACAAUCUCUCUAUAUAUAUUUCUUUUUCCCUCUCUCACAUAAUCUUUUUUCUCUCUCUCGUUCUCUCUCUCUCUAUUUCCUUCUCUCUCUUUCUUUCCUUUCUCCCCCUUCUCUCUCUCUCUCUAACCUGUCCUUUGACAUAG